AUGGAGUUUUUUCAAAAGGCAAGAGCAGUCCGUUUACGAAGCCACCACGACAAGUACCUAAUCGCCGACGAAGACGAAGAAUCCGUCACUCAAGACCGUAACGGCUCAGCCGGAGCAGCCAAAUGGACCGUCGAGCAAGUCCCAGGCUCCACAAAUCUCAUCCGCCUCAAAAGCGCUUACGGCAAAUACCUGACGGCGUCAAACAAACCGUUCCUCCUCGGAGCCACCGGGAAAAAAGUCGUACAGUCGAAGCCUAGCCGUCUCGACUCGUCCUUAGCUUGGGAACCGGUCAGAGACGCCGCUCUGGUGAAGCUCAAGACUCGCUACGGCCACUACCUCCGCGGUAACGGCGGUUUGCCUCCGUGGAGAAACUCCGUCACUCACGACAUUCCUCACAGAUCCGCCACUCAGGAUUGGAUCCUCUGGCACGUCGACGUCGUUGAGAUUCUCUCCGAUCAACACCACAGCCAAGACCAGCCUCCGUCUCCGCUUCACCACUCCGAUUCUCUCAAUUUCGAUCCUGGAUCUCCUUCUAGAUCUAACCGUUUCUUCAGACAAGAGUCAACGGACUCAGUGUUAGUUGGAUCGCCGCCGAAAUCGGAAGGUAGAGUGAUAUACUACCACGUGGCGGACGAUGACGGCGAGGUGGAAGACGAUUCCGUUGAGGUAAAGUCGUUUACUUUCAAAGGCAACGGCGUUGAGGAAUUGACCAAGAGGUUGAAAGAAGAGAGCAGUGUCGAAAACGUCGUCGUUUGCACUCGUAGUCCGUUGAACGGGAAGCUUUUCCCGUUGCGUCUUCAGCUUCCGCCGAACAAUGCUGACAUGACCGUCGUCUUAGUCCCAAUCUCAUCCAAAAUAGCGGAAGAUUUCAUCAAGUGA